AUGGCUUUAGUCUUUAGAGUAGCAAUGCAAUUCGCCGGACUUUUCUUAUCUUUGCUGGGAUGGGUUUUAGCCAUUAUUACAACUUAUUUGCCACAUUGGAAAAACCUCAACCUGGACCUGAACGAAAUGGAGAACUGGACCGUGGGGCUGUGGCAAGCCUGCGUCACCCAGGAGGAGGUGGGCACGCAGUGCAAGGACUUCGAUUCCUUCCUGGCCCUGCCCGCCGAGCUCAGGGUCUCCAGGGUCCUCAUGCUCCUGUCCAACGGGCUGGGGCUCCUGGGCCUGCUGGCCGCCGGCCUCGGCCUGGACUGCUUGAGGCUUGGAGAGUCGCGGCGAGGGCUCAAGAAAGGACUGCUCAUCCUGGGAGGGACCGUGCUCUGGGCGGCGGGGGUCGCGGCCCUGGUCCCGGUGUCCUGGGUGGCCCACAGGACGGUCCGGGAGUUCUGGGAUGAGACGGUGCCGGAGAUCGUGCCCAGGUGGGAGUUUGGGGAAGCCCUGUUUCUGGGCUGGUUUGCUGGCUUUUUCCUCCUCCUGGGAGGGGGCCUGCUGAACUGUGCGGCGUGCUCCACCCGGGCUGCCCGCGCUUCGGGCCACUACGCAGGGGCAGAAACACGAACUCGGUGCCCGUACCUGGAAAAUGGGACCGCAGACCCGAGAGUGUGA